AUGAGCAGUGAAAAGGCUACCACGGUGGCAGGCGACCACAUCGAGGUCGCCGCGGCCGCUCGCAUCGACGAUGCGACCUACGACUUGGUUAGCACGACAGAAGACGCUCGUUUGGCCAUCGAAGCGGAGCAUCAACUAAAGUUACUUCCCGCCAUUCGAAAGCAUUAUAAAGCAUGUUUUUGGUCCAUGGUCAUAUCCCUAACAAUCAUUAUGGAUGGCUAUGAUGGAGCACUCCUCGGCUCGCUCUCCGCGUUUCCCUCAUUCAGGAGCCACUUUGGCGUAUUCCUGAAUUCCAAAUCUGGUUACCAGAUUCCUGCCCACUGGCAACUGGCAUUGGGCUGCUCGAGUUCCGUUGGUAAUAUCGUUGGUAUUUACCUGGGAGCUAUAACAACCGAUCGCUUGGGCUAUAAGCGAUCACUUCUGCUUUGGAUGGCGUGGUUAACAGGCUGUAUAUUUAUUUCCUUUUUCGCCACGCAUAUCUCAGUCAUUUUUACUGGAGAACUUCUCUGCGGUAUGUCCUGGGGCGUAUUUGCCACUAUGGCUCCACCAUACGCUGCUGAAGUGUGCCCCGUCGUCUUGCGAGGCCUAGUGGAAGUUUGGAUCGUGAUGUGCUGGGGAAUUGGACAACUUCUAUCCUAUUCCGUUCUCCUUACCCUCAAUACUGACAACUCUAACUGGGGUUGGCGGAUCCCAUUCGCUGUGCAGUGGGUUUGGCCUGUCAUUAUUGUCCCCCUAGUACUCUUCGCUCCAGAGUCACCAUGGUGGCUUAUUCGGAAAGGCGAUCGUGUUGCCGCCGAAAAAGUGGUCAAACGUCUUAGCUCCAGAGACACUUCUGAUGACGAGAUACGUCGCACUGUAGCUCUUAUGAUCGAAACAAAUCAUAUAGAGAAAAACAUGGACGAAGGAAUCAGUUUCCUAGACUGCUUUCGUAACUCCAAUUUAUGGCGAACAGAAAUUUCUUGUAUAGCUUGGGCUGCCCAAUUAUGGUGCGGAUUUGUCAUCGCUUCUUAUUCGACCUAUUUCUACGAGCUUGCUGGUCUUAAAUCCUCGGAUGCUUAUAAGAUGAGUGUAGGCCAAGGUGGCCUUCAUAUUUUCUUCAAUAUCCUCUCGAUUCCACUAGUCUCUAAGGUCGGCCGUCGUCAUUUGUAUAUUGCAGGUCUAACUGGCAUGAGUCUAAUGAUGUUUUUGAUUGGAUUUGUGGCGUUGGCACCGGAAUCUACUGCUGUUGGAUAUGCCUCCUCAGUGCUCUAUUUAUUAUGGAAUUGCAUCUAUGAGCUCACUAUCGGCCCGGCAGCUUAUAUUCUUGUCAGUGAAGUCUCAUCUACACGACUUCGCGGUAAGACCGUCGCACUUGCCAGAAAUGCAUAUAAUUUAUCGCUUUUGAUCAAUUAUUUUGUCGGUCCUUAUAUCCUUAAUCCUACCGAAGGCAACUGGAAGGGCAAAACUGGGUUCCUUACUGGCGGCAUCAAUAUUCUGUUCUUGAUUUGGUCAUUUCUCAGGCUCCCGGAAACUAAAGGCCGCACUUUCGCGGAGCUAGAUAUCCUCUUUUCGAAGAGGGAACUCAAAGCGAGGGACUUUGCAUCGUACAAUGUGGAUAUCACAGAACAUGCUAUUGAGAAAUCAUUUACAGCUGAAUGA